AGUCCCAAUGUGAUAGUAGUGUUGAGAAAUAAUUAGUUGGUUUAUGGGAGAUAAUUUUUCGAUAACAUAGGAAUAGCGCCGUUGCUGGCGCGAGAAGCGCCCCGCAACGGUCGCCGCAUGGAGAUACAAAACGUGAGGCCAUCAUCUACUUUAAGUGAAGCGUUAAUUAUGGUUGGAAGCGGAGUCACGUUUUCAAGUUGGAAUCACGUUUGUGGAGUCACGUUUAGAGCUGAAUCAAGUUGAUGGAAUCAGGUCAGCAGUGUUUGGGCUUGGGGCUUAGGGUCUAGGGUCAGCAGUGUUAGGGUCUAGGGUUUGGGGUUUCUGGUCGUCGGCCAGGGCAGCCGCCGCCGGCCCAAGAAACACCAAAAAGAAACUCCAGGCGAAGCAGAAGUCGCGACAAUUGAGAAACUGAAUGAAUUUUGCGCACUAGCACUAGGAGCAACCGGCCAUGGAGAGGGACAUCGGGCAGGAUAGGGAUGGCGAUAGGCCGUCGCGUCCCCGGCGACACUCGUUGACGCACGACGGAACAAGCGAGCGACUUUUGGAUACCAACAGCACCAAUCCAGUGGUGGUGCCCAAGUCUGUCGCCGCGGCUAUGCCGGCAGCUUCCUCGAGUGAACUACAUCAGAGCCCCACUCCGUUUGUCGACACGCACUGCCACGUCGAGCUGAUUGCCGCGUGCGCGGAGCGCGAGAAGCGGCUGGACGGGCUCCUGCCCUGGGACGAGCUACCGAUCGAGCGGAUGGGGAUGUGGCGCAGUCACGGGUGGACCCGGGAGAAGUUUCAGCGCACGAUCGAGGGAAAAAAAAUCUACGGCCCCUACAGGAACCCGCAUUUUCCCGCGUUUUACAAGCCCUGGCGUGCCUUGACGAAAGACCAGCAGCUGGCCGCGCGGUUUCUGGGAUGGGACGGCGCGCACUACAAAGGUUCCCCCGACAACUGGACGUUCAAGGAUGAGUACGACGAGAUGUAUUCCACCUCAAAGGGCGGCCAGGGCCACCCCCACCAAGUCACUGUGAAGUGGGCGGACUUCAAUAAGUACCACGACGGGUGGUAUUCCAAGCUCUCCGGGAAAGAGCGCGUUGCCUUCGCGAUGCUGGGCAUAAAAGACGCCUGGACCUUCUGCAACUUCGUCUGCGAGCCGUGGGAGGUGAGCCGCAACCUCUGGAUGCGGCGCCAGGCGGUCUUGCACGACGUCGCGUACUACUACCCCGACGGUCACGAGUGGCAUCAGAAGAAGGAAAUUGAGGCAAAAAAAGAAAUUGUACCUCCCACAAGAAUUACUUCCCAGCCCGGGAGUCGUGGGCAGCUAGGCCAGACAUCAGUGGAAGAUGUUGCAGGAGAAGCUCGUCUCAACACCGAACAAGUAGGGGACCACAAUGGAAAUGUUGAGUCGGACGUUGACAGCGAGGUGGACCAAUUGAUGUUGCGCUCGCCGAAGAGAGAGUCCUGCAAGCGGUUUUUCAAGCGGGAGAGCCACCCAGAGGAAACCAGUGUGUUGGUCCGGGCACUGCGGAUUCCCUACGGUUGUUGUUCGCGAGGCUCGCCGUGGAGUAAAAACGAGUGGCGGAAGUGGAAACAAGAGCAGGAGAAACGCGGGGAGACCACCAUGUACUCGGAAAACGAGUGGGAUAAGUUCUUCAACGAGUUGCCAGAAGGUGGUGGUGGUCGUUCUACAGCUGCGGCUUCAUCUUCCGGUACAGGUGGUCGUGGCCAUCUUCCGAGGGACACCGGUUCGUCGAGUUCUUCUAUGACGACCAGUUUGUCACAAUCAUCAUCAUCCCAAACAGCCACAGGCACAGUACCUAGUACCUCGGCUCGACGUGAGUUUUCGUCUUCGCCAACCACGACAAGCCCGUCGACCUGCAGUACCGAAUCCCCGCAAUCGUCGUGCGUUGCCACAACUUCUUCCGUAACGACGGACGACGACAGUUUAUUUCUGGGGCCUACCAGUGACGAAGCAAACCUGCCGCGGCAAGAAGCAGCAUGCGACCUGAUGUCUUUUCUGAGGGAACGCAUCCCGGAGAAGAGUCCUGAAAAUAACGACACUGAGAAUGCGAGUGCAGCAGCUGCGCCUGAAGAUGUUGAGAAAGUGGCGAUAGACGAUGAAAUUAACUGGCAGUGCAGCGGAGUUACCGCUGGUGGACAGACGGUCAUCGUCCGGCGAGAAGACAUGCAGAACGGCAGCCGCGACCCAACGAGGUCCUACCAAUGGUUCGAAGUAAAGGCGCUCCGUCUGUGGGUGUUCUGCGAGGUCGUCGAUGACCGGUAUGGACCAUUUCCGAACCACAUACAAUCGUUUCGCGACACGGACCAGACGAGGGAAAAGCGCGACAAGCCCCUUCAUCCCGGGGGCACUUCCAGUGACCAAAGCGAACAAAAAUCUACUUCUUGGCAGAGUAGAACUAAAAGGUCUACUGGCACGACGGAUAAAGUAAAGUGCCACGCUUGGAAUGACUUUUACAACGGCUACGAAGUUAUCCAGAACUGCCCUGCGCUGUUGCGGUCUCCCAAGUUAAAACAGUACUACGACCGGAUUGGCCGCUACGAGACGCUUCGGCACGAGGCGAAGAGCUCGGUGCACGACUAUUCGGUGCGGAAAAACUUCUACGACCCGGGCAAGAACGAGUUGCCGUGGCUGGACUGGUAUGUCGAGCGGGGGCAGUGCAACGUCUCGGGACACGAGAUGGAGCUGGUCUCCCGGCUCGGAAUCGUGUACAACUGCAUCACGCAGUUCUGGCACGUACCGCCCGCCUACCGCAACCGCCCGUGGUGGUCCUUGGCACCGUGGGAACGAGAGAUUUUUUUCGAGUUGGGCCUCAAAACCGAACCUGAGUACGACUACUGGCAGCAGUUCGUGGACGUCACCCAUACGGACACCUUCCAUCCUAUGGAAGCGUCAGAAUCGAAAUUCGCAAUAUCGAAAAACUUGUGAUGCACAAAAUCGAUGCCAGUUGGGGUCUCAGUUUCCAAAUGGCGCAUGACAAAUUGCGGGAGCACCCAAAUCCAAUCUGUCAUGCUGUUUGGGCAAAGAAGGCUGCUCCUGUCAUGCUACUCUGACAGCACAUUGCAUAGGCCUAAACAGGCUUGCAAUCGGUCUCAUAUGCCUGCUCCCCAAUACAGGCCUUCAGUGCUCUACAUUUUAUGCAUCACAAACUUUUCGAUUUUGUCGAUUUCGAUCCUGACAGUUCCAUACACCCCCGCCGGGCCGAUUACCACCCGCCAAACUUCGACUUCGCGACGAGAAGAAGCGGAAGUACUAGCGAAGAACUACCGGUAGUGGCGGCAGAAGGUGAACAACGGCCGCGUGGCGACGUCGAUGAAGUACCACGACGGCCACGUGUCAGGGAACCUCCGAACGAGAGGCCACCUCCGCCACGGGAAGUAGCCGACGGUACUACUACGCCCGGACUGCAGCGGCCAUCGAACGACCGACACCGAAGAGCAUCUCCGGUCGCUAUCGAGCAGUACAACUCCCCGGAGGAACGUAUUUUCACCGUGGAAGACUUGCUGAUGAUUAUGCAUUGCAAACUCCAACAUGUCUGGACCUGGAAGAUCGACUCGCGCAUUUGCCAUGCAUCUCUUGGCUCACACUCACACAGAAUGAGCAAAGAACCAUAUCAACAGAUUGUGCAAGAGCGUCUUAAGAAUGCCUAUUCCACGUAAAGAAAAAGUUCGUCCUUCUCCUUGCUUUGCGUAGCAAGAAAUGGCCGGCUUGUGGCUUUCAUGCAAUUCAGAUGUUUGCACGAUCCAGAAUGGCUGGCAUGUUGACAUCAAGUUGCAACGUUCUUCCAGACCCAGACGUAUUUGCGAUGCAUACGGAUGCGCAUGAUUCAACUGAACGAACUGUUGAUUCGACUGCUGCUCCCGACGCCCCCGAGGCCUUCGGAGAGGGUUGAAACCAUCUUGCGGUUUUUCUACGACAACUUUAACUACACCCGAGACCUGGACGAGUUUUUUCCCCUUUACGUCGACGGGGGUAUCUAUCAACCGGAAAAAAGCUAGCACGCAACAAUAACGAAAAAGAAGUACUAGAUAAAUCUGUCUGUGUCUGAACUCCAUGAUGCUAUGGGCAGCUCGCUCGCCGUUGACAGUUUAUACUAAAAAUUAUUGUGAUGUUUUUGCGUUUACACAGCUUGAUAGGUGAUAUGCUAGGUUUUUUCUGUAGGAUGGCCUCGACCGGACCGAGCUCGCGGUGCGGCACGAGCGGGCGCGCGAGCGGGCGGACGAGGAACAGGACGAGGCCCGAGCGGAGUUUCCCAAGGGACACUACGCGUUAACGCGGGAUAAGAACACUGGCAACGUGUAUGCGCACUUUAUUCCCCAAAAGAAGCACUACGACGAUCGCACGGAGGACAUUGCGAGGCAGGCUCGCGGAAAAAGAGGUCCCUCGAGCAAGAAAACUAUGCGAGGAUCCCUCGACCAAGAUAUAAUUGAGACAACCGAGAAACAACAAGCUAACGCGCUCGCUCUAUCUCCAACAAGGGAGCGGCAGCAGGAGCAGGAGGGGCAUCGCUUGGCGACAGCGAGCUGCUUCUCCAAUCUGGAAUUUUGGAUCUCCACCGACGAUGUGAGGUCCUGGAUGUGGCGCUAUCUCAGCGAAAAAAUUUUGGGCUGCAAGCGACGCGCAAAUCGGAAAACUAUAACGGAGAGUGCGAAUAAGGAUAAUACGUCUACUCCGAGUGCAGCAGCAGCAGUCAAGAGUUUGCAAGACCUGUACAAGCUUCGGCACGAGAUAGACCUUCUUGGAUUGUCGGGGGGUGAAGCAGGUACCCUUCUUGUAGUGGAAAAUCUUUUUGUACCGUUCAAUAACAGAAAGAAUAAAACGGACCGUUUGUUUCUUUCACAGUUUCUGUCCCCAUCCAAAAAGAAUACAGGUAGUUCAGGACUUUUUCUUUUGAUUUUACAUGAUAGGUGUAUUGGGUCAGGGCGGGAUCGGGAAGAAACCGAAGUCCAGCUCCGACGUCGACACGCCUCCAGUUUUACCCCUGCGCUCAACAUUCACUGCCCCGACCUAUUACUGCGACUACCUCGUGACGUCCAUUUGUGACGAGCACGCCGUAGAGCCCGUUCUGGAUAUCCUCGCAACCGGUACCUACGCCGAGCGCGUCUGCCUCUCCUGCGGGAUUCAUCCGAAAAGCAUCGGGUUCUGGGGUUCGGAGGGAAACUACCGGCAGCACCCGGAUUACAAAGACUACAUGCGCACCCUGGAAACCAAAGUUUUACCGCUCUGCGACGUGUCUGAGCACUGCAUGAGAACGCUUAAGUGCAGCGUUCCCCGGUUGGACGGUGUUACGUUGCAAGAAAAUAAACAUUUGAGGCUUCAAGAACCUUGUUACGAUGCUCCUUCCUUUUCAGGUCCAGCCGCCACCGCCAGCUGUGCGCCGAUGAAAGGUGGGCUUGGAUACUGUGCUAAGAUUUGUUUUUUCCGGCCGUGGCCGAAAUUGAGGUGGAUCGGAACCCUGCACGUUUCUGAUCUAGAAGUAAGGUAAACGACAUGUUAAAACGAUUUUGUUUCGGUUUGAGAUACUUUAUGAUACUGUCACCGGAAGAUGAUCAUGCUUCCUCAAAUAAACAAAACACAGGUGCUGGUACUGAAAGAAAACGGCUGAAGCUGGUGGCUUGGGGGGAGAUUGGGCUUGAUUUCUCCCAUCGUGUUAUGCAGACCAAGGUCGGGCCGAACAUUCGUGUCGCACAAAAGGCUGCCUUCACGGAACAGAUUUUGCUCGGUAUGUAUCGACACAAUAGAAAAUUUUCCUUUUAUACCCGGUCGGUUUUUUAGCUCCAGUGUCACCAGAUAAAUGUUUUGCGACGUCCUUUCCUUCGUCGUUAAAUAAAGGCCGGCAGCGAGAAGUCGGAAAUCGUCGCUCAGUUGUUUAGAUUUGCCUUCCUCCACUUCGACAUUUUCUCCCAGGUGUGCACAAGUACCGGCUUCCCCUGCAGAUUCACAGCCGGUCGGCGGAACCCGAUACGGUUGAGAUAAUGUAUGGCGCUUCAAACGUUACAUUCUCAACUGUUACAUGAAUUUGUGAUGCAAGAACAGCAACACUGAAAGGGGCAAGCUUGCACCUUUCGCAUUACAAAUUCGGCACAGAUUUCAAUGCUGUUUAGCCCUUCGAGAAUUUGUCGUGCGGAGUAGCUUGGUUGUGGUGUGGCUGAUGGCAAUUUUGCAUGACAAAUCACGUAACAGUUGAGAGUGUAACGUUUGAGAACUCCAUAUAAUGUUGCGGUACGUGCCCCGCGACUGGCCGGUGCACAUCCAUGGGUGUUUCAACAUAUGACAGUGCACAACUCCCCCUCCCCCUCAUUUGUCAUGCAAAAUACCCAGUCCACGUCGCGUCCACCCUUUGCCUCUUGGCACUGUUUGCAUGACAGGUUCUGGUAGCCCGAAUAGCACUACACUCCAGUGCAAAUUUGUCAUGUAAAACUUGCAUUCUUUCUGACGCUUGUAUUGCCGUGUAUGCUAUACAAAUGAGGGGGAGGGGGAGUUGUGCGCUUUCAUACAACAACGACGACUUUCUGAAGAAGCUUCUCCGCACCUUCUCGCGAUGCUACAUUGGCGUCACCUGUGCGCUGGAGAACCCGAACGCGAUGCUCUACUACACGAAUGACCCGAAGUUGAAAUACGUCGACGACGACGUGACCGAAUCGGCGGAGAAUACUAGCGAUGAUUUUUGUUGUGAGCCAGUGAUGGUACUUCCCAGUCCUUUUGCGAAAAAAGGCAUUUUUUCUCGCGGCGGAACCGGAAGUGGUGGAAUAAGUAUCGAACAAGAGGAAGUCUCUGGAAACAAACGCUUGCUGCGGGGGGAACACGAAGACAAGAGUGCUGUUACCGGCACUUCUAAUAGUACCCAACAGUUAUCCCAAGCAAGAGCAGAACCCCCCACGCCGGAGAAAAUAAAAAAGAAUGUGCAUGUAUUCGAAACUCCGCUGAUGCGACAGGUGCGGACCAUCAUUCCGCUAAGCCGGUUACUGGUGGAGACAGAUGGCCCAUACCUCUGCCCCGGAGAGGACUGGACGACAAAUUUCAGUUACCCCGCACUUCUUCCGCGCGUAAUACAGACGGUUGCGCGGCUGAAAGAGCGCCCAGAAGGUGAGGUCGCGAAAAUACUCCGGAAAAAUUCUUUCGAUGUGUACGGUAUCUAAAGAACAGAACUAAAAUUUACCACGAAGAUGAAAAAUAGUGCUACAUCGUUCUGCGCAGUAGAUCAACCUCCAAAACGCCACAUAAUUUCUACUUUUGGGUGGAAAAGUAUUUUUACAAGAAAAGACUCUGCGUCUUUAUGGAUUACAUUUGCUGCGACUUAUGUUAUCGUCUGCAUAUAAAUAUUAUCGUCUGCAUUCUUUGAUUUCUGCAUGUGCAUACCCUGGCUUUGAAUGUUUCAUCCCCUUUCUAGCCUUUAUGGUUCAACUUCAAGAUUACGAUGACUGCCACACUUUCGGGGAGUCGCGCUUUUCAUGGCAUUCAUCGAGUCUUGGAAGCGCAACACAAAGUUGAACAUUUUUUACAGAAAGUGCGAAGAAGUGCUCAUCUGCUCGGCGAUUGUCCACACAGUUUAAUAAUGACAUGGCGCAU